AUGAUUCACAUUAAAAGACACACAAUAGUUCCCAUAUGCAUAUUAAUAUCAAUAAUAUGUUGUAUUUAUUAUUUAACUACAUCAACCUCACAAAUUGAAAAAUCAUUAGGUAAUUCAUCACCAAUUAAUAUAGUAAAAGAUUCAAAAAAUGUAUUAAACUAUUUCGAUCAGAAACAAGAAAAAUCACAACAGAAAGUCCAAGAAUUAGAAGAACCAGACAUUGAUGAAUCCGUCGUAUCAGAUGAUAAAUUCACCGAUACUCCAUUCAUGCCCAAAAUGCAAAAUGAAACCUUGAAAGCACAAUUAGGACAAUCUAGUUGGAGAUUGUUUCAUACUAUUUUAGCUAGAUAUCCUGAAUUACCAACAACUCAACAAAAAAACACUCUAGAAAGUUAUAUAUAUUUAUUUGGUCAAGUUUAUCCUUGUGGUGAUUGUGCUAGACAUUUUCAAACCUUAUUAAAGAAAUAUCCACCACAGAUUGGGUCAAGAAAGACUGCAGCUUUAUGGGGAUGUCAUAUUCAUAAUAAAGUAAAUGAAAGAUUAAAUAAACCGGAGUAUGACUGUACUACUAUUUUAGAAGAUUAUGAUUGUGGAUGUGGUAACGAUGAAGAAAGUAAAGAUGAAACUUUGAAAGGUAAUAGCAUUAAGGAAUUAAAGGAACAAAAUUUGAAAUUUGAAAAAGAGGAGAUUCAACAAGGUUAG